CUGCUCCCACAUCACGGAGCCCCAAACAAUCAAGUAGGGCUCGUGAUUUCUGGCCUGUAGUGCACCAGCGUGAGCGCGUUUAGGGGUAGGGCUUUUUGAAUGAGGCGAUGCUUUUUAGACUGCACGCUUGAUUCAGACAGAGCAGAGGCUCAUUUCCGGGCGAGUGAGUUGAAAAUUUGUUUUCUGAGCUCCAGACAGCAGUAAAGCGAGAAAAUGAUCGUCGUCAUUGAAGAUCAGGAUGGCUUUGACAAAGCUCUAGCUGCUGCAGGUGACAAGCUUGUAGUGGUGGAUUUUACAGCCACAUGGUGUGGGCCGUGUCAGAUGAUCGCGCCAUUUUACAAGGGCCUGUCUGAAAAUCCAUCCUAUGCUAAUGUGGUCUUCCUCAAAGUGGAUGUAGAUGAUGCACAGGAUGUCGCCCAGUCUUGUGACAUUAAAUGUAUGCCAACAUUCCACUUCUACAAGAACGGAAAGAAGCUGGACGAGUUCUCUGGGUCCAACAAGGAUAAACUGGAAGAGAUGUUGAAACAACUCAAAGGCUAAGCCUGAUAUGACCCACUCAUAAAUGUUACCUGUGCAGCCUAAGCUCCAGUUUUACAAA